CGCUUCCAAUUAACCUAUUGUGACCUAUUUUGAGAUGUAUCGAGCAGAUGUAGAGACCGUUCUGCGGUGCGAGCAAUGCAACAAACCAUUCGACAGGGAGGCGACUCUGAAGAGGCACCGAUAUUAUUGUCGGUCUCGAAACAAUAUUAACAAUAUACGAUCUCGAUCUUGUUCCUCGUGUAUAAAAGCCAAGGCGCGGUGCGACACCAAACGACCGCAAUGCUCAAGGUGCAGUCUUAAAGCCACCGAUUGUCAUUACCCAGCAACCACCUCCAGAGAUGCUGGCGCAACAAAACAAAACCAUGUUGAUGCUCCAACCCGUCAACGCAAGUCUACUUCCCUCUUAGAGUCUCAACCUCUCCAUUAUCAUGGCCAUCAACCAGGGAGCAACGGCAGGGAGAUGAUUUUUGAUAAUGCGUCAAACUUCGAAGACUCAGAAUUCGCCAGCCUGGGAACUCAAUCUCUCCCUUGGGAUGAUACAAGUAUCGAUUUCAACUUUCUGAGCUUACCGAAGAACGACAAUACUUUCCAAUACUCGAGUCCAGCAUCGUCAACAUCCUGGCUCUUUCACCAGCCGGGAGUUCUGAACGAUUGCUCAAGUCAAAUACAACAAUAUUUGAUUUCACCGCAUCCAUCGAUACCUUCUGCUCCAUCUUACUCUGUCCGAUUGCUUGUUCAUCGACCCAAAAGGAAAGUCGCGACACAAAGGACGGCCGGCCUGAUUCUUCACAUUCUCAAAUCGUAUCCGUUGAUGAUGAUGCGUCAUGGUUCUCUUCCGCCCUUUAUACAUCCAGGCACAGUUUCUUCUACAACCGGUAGUGAUGAUCUGAAGGCUCUGAAUAAUUGCAUGAGUCUGGUCCAUAUGAUCAGUGCAGGGGUCAAAGGCAGCCGUGAGUUGUUCUGGAAGAAUGUAAGCCUCGAGUGUGAACGAUUUUGUGAUGAGCAUUCAAAGUACAAUCAGUGGCAAGCACUUGGUGCUCUGCAAGCCCAACUAAUUUACCUUCUUUUGAGGCUAGAGGAAGGCGAGACUGAUCACAAUAACAUCGACUUCAUUCUGGUUACUACAGUCAUAGCAACAUCUAAGCACCUCAAUCACAUCAGCGAGGUAUAUCAGAAGCAGUCGAUGACGCACAACUAUGAUUUGGCGCAGAGCUGGAAGGACUGGAUCUUUGAGGAAUCCGCACGGAGAUUAUGCGUGGUGUAUCAAGUCAUUAAUAUACUUGUGUACUUCGAACCUGCAGCAAUGUGUGAACUAGAAGGCGACCUUCUCAUCGCACCAUUGCCGGCAAGGAAGCAACUCUGGGAAGCAGGUGAUGAGUUGGUGUGGAAGACAGAAAGCGAGCAAGAACCAGGGAUUAACAUUGCCUUUGGGUUGACAACAAAAGGGGAUCUGAUUCGAGUCGGUCAAGACCUGAACUGUUCCAUCAAUGAGGCGGCGAUGCUGCACAAGUCCAAUCACAUCGGCAUGUUAUCUAGGAGCAAUGCAAACUGGGAAGAGUGGUGCUCUGGUAUGGAUGGACUUGGUGGACUCAUCAUGCUUGCGGCUUCUUUGGUCGGGUAGGUACUGAGAAGGAGAUCUUCAAUAACGGUGUAUUCGAAUUGGCGAAUUCAAUUUGUACAAGCAGUCAUCUAGCCCUGCAGACUUCCAAGGCAAAGGUCCUCAAUAG